GCUGAAGUCUGUAUAUUCUCUCUCUUAUCUUCUGGAUCUAAAGCAAGCACAAAGCCCUGUACUAUCCAAAUUCAUCUCAUCUAGACCAAAGCCUAAAGACCAGCAGCCGCUUCUAAACUGGCCGGCGGUUGCUGGGCAGACUGGGAGCUGGGAUCUCCUCCUGAUUGGUGACCUCUCCUACGGCGGGAAUCCUGAGAGCGAUAUAUACCCGGCCAGUUCGGGGGUGAGUUCAGUCUGCUGAAAGAAGAAGAAGAGGUACCAGCUCGUGUUCCUGGUGUGUUCCUGCGCGCUUAGAAUUAAAGAAGAUGCUCCAGCCAGCAGAAGAGUCCCCUGCCGACCCCAGCACCGCUGUAAAAGAGCUAUACUUGCGGUUGCUGGAGAAGGCUUCGGGGUCGGGUGGCGAGGACUGGCUUCUCCGCUGCCUGAAUGAUCCUUUGGGGCCCGGAUACGAAGAGGGCGAAGUUCCGGCAUCCAGCCCCGCGAUGUCCGGCCGGAAGUCUGCACGGAGACGCGGAGGAGGCCGGGCUUCAGCUGGAAGUCGCCCAGCUGAUGACGUCGGAGGUAGUCGCCAUCGGAAGACCAUCGCCGGCAAGUACAGCACCGGAGCAGCUGCGCCUAUCACUCAGGUGCGUGAGCAGAGGGAAGAGGAGGGCUUCGCCGCCGAGGACCGCCAGCAUAAGCAGGACUCCAGCGAAGAGGACGCCCGCCCAGCCCGCCCGUCUCUCCAGGUCUGCUUCCCCCAGGAGGAAGGGUGAAGAAGUCGCCUCCACGUCGCAGAGGGCAUCCGCCGCCUUCUGCAGACAUCAGCUGAUACACUAGUCUACUACUUCCCCACAUAUAAGAAGGAAGUCAUCUUCUGAGAGGAGAACUGGUCUACUAAAGUCUAUCUGCAACAUCAUGUGCAUAUGUCAAGGAUGGCUGCGGAUGGGGCCUUAAAAUGUGUAUGACUGCCGCUGAAUACUGCUGAGUAUCGACACAAGAAAAUAUACACCAGACAAAAAGUUGGUGUAAAACUCUUUCUCAGCAGGAAGCUCAGGAGCUACCACCAAGAGUGGUGGCAGUAAAGAAGACUUAUAAGAAGAUGUUCUUGUAUGUGCUGGGUUGUAGCUUUCUCCUGUAUCUGUGGUGGAGGAUAAGGGAUGGUCUGAAAAUCAGCAACGUUGCAGGUAAACACGUCCUGAUUACGGGAUGUGACUCUGGAUUCGGGAAUCUUGCUGCUCGCACCUUGGACAAGAAAGGGUUUAUAGUUCUGGCCACUUGUUUAACUGAAUCCGGAGCCGAUGCUUUAAAACAGCAGACAUCACAACGGGUGAAGACUAUCUUUCUGGAUGUGACUGAUGCUGACAAUGUGAAGAGAGUCGCUCAAUGGGUUAAAGAUGUGAAAGGUAACCGGGGUCUCUGGGGACUGGUGAACAAUGCCGGGAUAAUGGGUACCCUGGCUCCAAUUGACUGGCUUACAAUUGAUCAUUUCCGAGAACCCAUUGAAGUGAAUUUAAUAGGAUUAAUACACGUCACAUUAUCUGUGCUUCCCUUGAUUAAGAAAGCUAAAGGGAGGAUUGUGAACGUAUCUAGUGUCGGUGGGAGAGUCGCAGCCAGUGGGGGAGGAUAUUUUUCAUCGAAAUUCGGAGUUGAAGGAUUUAAUGACAGUUUAAGGCGGGAUAUGAAGGCUUUUGGAGUUAAUGUUUCUUGUAUUGAGCCUGGACUUUUUAAAACACCAUUGUCUGAUGCAAAACUUGUUUUAGAACAACGAAUAAGUAUCUGGAAACAACUUCCAAAGACCAUACAAGAUGAAUAUGGAGAAAAUUAUGUCCAAAUGGAUGCACUACUGAAGCAAAAAUUAGACCGUAUCCGAAACAGUGACCUAUCUUUGGUUGUAUGGUGCAUGGAACAUGCUCUGAGCAGCCAACAUCCUAGGACGCGGUACGGUGUUGGCACUGAUGCCUCUUUCCUCUGGAUACCACUAUCUUAUAUGCCAACAUUCAUACAGGACUUUGCCAUGAUGAAAAACAAGGUCAAAAUACCCUCAACAGGGUAAACAAAAAUAAAAUAUUGUAUAACUUAAAAGAAUACUAAUAACUAUUAGUAUUGAGCACAAAUAUUCGAAUUGCUAAUUUUUAUCGCGAAUAUUGGCACUUCGCGAUUUUGCAAAUAUUUAGAAUAUAGCGAAAUAUAUUCGUUAUGACGAAUAUUCGUUUUUUUUUUUUUUUAAAUCACAGUACACAUCACAAUGAUCAUCCCUAACUGCUUCCAGCUUGUGGACCAAAGAAGGCGAAUAUACCAAAAUACGCGAAUAUCGACACUUCCAGAGGACACUGAUCCCUCCCUUCUUUUAGCUUGUGGACCAAUGAGAAGGAUGCAAAUACAGUUGUCAGAGAUUAGCAACAUCUUUAGCAACCAAUAGGAAAGUAGUUAGUUGAAAGAUAUAAUCGCGCAUGCGCAUUUUGCAUAUUUCAUUACGAAUUUCGCAUGGAAAAAAGUGAACAAAUGUGCAAUAUUUGCGAAUAUAGGACAAAUAUUUUUCCAUAUAUUCGUAAAAUAUCGCAAAUUCGAAUAUGGUCUAUGCCGUUCAUCACUAAUAACUAUGACUAUGCCAAAAUAAACAACACAUAAUUUAGUUUGUGUUUUCUAUUAUAUUUUCUAUUAUUUUGCAG